CGCACCGAAGCAUCCUUUUCCGGUGUAGAUAUACCGUGUAAUGGAUGAGGAAUAAAUUGGCCUCUACAUAUCCAUAUAAAUCGUGGUAAAACUAGAAGAAUUUAAGAAUGUCGCAAGAACAGAUGACUUUGAGAGGCACCCUCCAAGGCCACGGUGGAUGGGUUACCCAGAUUGCUACCAAUCCUCAAUAUCCAGAUACUAUUUUGUCAGCAUCAAGAGAUAAAAGUCUCAUUCUGUGGAAACUUACAAGAGAUGAAACUAACUAUGGUGUUCCUUACAAAUCUCUUCAUGGUCAUGGACACUUUGUCAGUGAUGUUGUUUUGUCAUCUGAUGGUCAGUUUGCUCUGUCCUCUUCAUGGGAUAAAACUCUGCGCCUUUGGGAUCUAGUCGAAGGUAAGACCACCCGCCGUUUUGUUGGACAUGAGAAAGAUGUUUUGAGUGUAGCAUUUUCUGCUGACAACAGACAGAUUGUGUCAGCUUCUCGUGAUAAAAGCAUUAAGCUGUGGAAUACCCUUGGUGUCUGCAAGUACACUGUGCAGGAAGACACCCACAAAGACUGGGUCUCAUGUGUCAGAUUCUCUCCCAAUGCUUCAAACCCAAUCAUUGUCUCAUGUGGCUGGGAUAAAGUAGUUAAGGUGUGGAACUUGACUAACUGCAAGCUGAAGACCAACCACUAUGGUCACACUCAGUUCUUGAACUGUGUGACUGUGUCUCCUGAUGGCUCUCUCUGUGCUUCUGGUGGCAAGGAUGGCCAAGCUAUGUUGUGGGAUUUGAAUGAGGGCAAACAUCUGUACACUUUGGAUGGUGGUGAUUGUAUCAAUGCUAUGUGCUUUUCACCUAAUCGUUAUUGGCUAUGUGCUGCUACUGGGCCAAGUAUCAAGAUUUGGGAUCUGGAAGGCAAAGUGAUUGUUGAUGAGCUGAAGCCAGAUGUUAUGGCAGCAGGUGCUGGUCGUGAACCUCCUCAGUGUCUGUCUCUGGCCUGGUCAUCUGAUGGACAAACUCUGUUUGCUGGAUACAGUGACAAACUAAUUAGAGUAUGGCAAGUGUCCAUGGCUGCUAGAUAAAUGCAGUUUCCAGAAUUGGUUUAUCGAUUUAACAAUAAAGAUUAUUGUAAGCUUUAA